UCCAAAAAGGACUACCAAAUCUGACGUUGCACCUGGGAACAGAGACAAGUUCCGAAGUCCCUGUUUGUGAGAUUUCGGCAUUCUCUCCCCGCCUGUUGCUAUUUCCCACUACGAUGUGGUGCAGUCGAGUGUCGCUUCGGAGGCUCCAGCGCAUUGUCGUCGCACCGCUCAACACGUCGAGUCCAGUGAACGGCAUGCAGAGAGCUAAGUCAACACUGCCCCGGGUGUACGUUACCCGGAAAAUCCCCCCAGAAGGGCUCAAGAUUCUCAGUCAAUCUGGCGAAGUGCAGUAUGAGCUGUGGGACUCAGACGAUCCGGUUCCCCGGCAGGAGCUGCUGAAGAAGGUGAGAGGUGUGGAUGGCCUGGUCUGCGUGCUGACCGAGAAGAUAGAUGCUGAGGUGCUGGAUGCUGCAGGUCCCAACCUUAAAGUGCUGAGCACCAUGUCUGUGGGGUUCGACCACCUGUCUCUGGAUGAGCUGAAGAAAAGGGGAAUCCGAGUGGGCUACACCCCAGACGUUCUGACAGACGCAGUCGCCGAACUAACGGUAGCUUUGCUAUUGACCACCUCCCGGCGGUUGGUAGAAGCCACACACGAGGCCAAAACGGGUGGCUGGGGUACCUGGAGGACCUUGUGGUUGUGUGGCUAUGAGCUGGCCAACAGCACAGUGGGGAUCUUGGGUUUGGGCAGGAUUGGCAUAGCCAUUGCUGAGCGCCUGAAGCCUUUCAAGGUGAAGAAGUUCAUCUACACAGACAUUGCACCAAGGCCAGAGCUGGCCAGCCAGAUUCAGGCCGAGUAUGUGUCCAUGGAGGAACUGGCAAAGCAGUCAGACUUCCUGGCUGUGUGUUGCGCUCUCACCCCUGAGACUCAGGGCAUCUGUAACCAGAAGCUCUUCUCCCAGAUGAAGAACACUGCAAUCCUCAUCAACACCAGCAGAGGUGGCGUGGUGAACCAGGAGGACCUGUAUGAGGCUCUGUCCACCGGGCAGAUUGCAGCGGCUGGCCUGGACGUCACAACCCCCGAGCCCCUGCCCACCGACCACCCGCUCUUCACACUCAAAAACUGCGUGAUCCUGCCCCACAUCGCCAGUGCCUCCUACACCACUCGUAACGCCAUGUCUGCUCUGGCUGCCAAUAACCUGCUGGCGGGACUGAGAGGGGAGCCCAUGCCAAAAGAGCUGAAGCUCUAGGCCAUCUCCAACAGGAAACAGAGCGAGGGCGCCACCUCCUGUCUGUAUGUUGGAACUACCAUCAUGUGCAACUGUGAACAUCCUGCUUUGUUGCCAGUGCUCAUUUGAAAAUGAAGCACAUGAAUUCGAUCUUCUGACUUCAUGAAUCAUGAACCAAACAUUUUAGUUCAGGCAUGUAAAAAUCUUGACCUUGUUAUCUGUGGUCGUAUGUUUAGGGUGAGAGUCUGAAAUAAGUGGAAAAAUCUAAGGAAUGUAUUUUUUUACACAUACCAAAUAUAUCACGUAUUAUAAAUGUGUUCUUGCUGCUUUCAUGUGCAUAAUCAUAUAAUAAAAAAUCUAGUAUUAACAAGUACAGUAGAAUAAGGUAUUCUACAAUAUAUGCAUGUAGUUACAUUUAUGAAAGUGGCACUCAGUAAUACAUUUAUAUGUUAUGCUGUAAAAUUUUGGUAUAUAUUACAAAUGUAUUCCUUGUAUUUUCAUUCUACAUUAUUUCACACAUUUUCUUUUCAUAUAUGCCCAGAGGUUAUCUGUUCUGCAGAGAGUCUUCCUUACCCAAAAAGGUUCCCAUAAAGAUGUGUUUAUCCUCUGAAAGCUGUAAUAAAA